UUUCUUGCAUUGUAUUCUUAACUUCAGCGUAAAUAGCUCUUGUAAGACAAUUGACUUCAUUCGGGGAAGGUAACCUUAUGCAUUCCAAACGGUGAUCAACUAUUAUGCGAGCACCACGCGCUAAUCGCUAUCCUUGUCAAGACGAAAGUUAGCCAUUGACAGAGGCUGAGCAUGAGAGUUUGCUGUCAUGCUGCUAUUUCUGGCGCGUGUAGAAUGCGGUGCACCUACAACAACACAAAUGAAGAACUUGCGGGGCAAGAAACACAAGCUCAUUUUGCCGUACACCGUCUUGGCAAAAAAUGAGCUCAGUGUACGCUCACGGUGAGCUCAAAAAAUGAGUUCACCGUCGGUGGCACUGACACAACGUAUUGGCUAUUGCACGCAACACGCAGGUUUACUUGCUACUCAUGUCUUACGCAGUCUUGCCUAGUCUGGUGACCCUGUUGGACACACAUAUUCUCUGCUGCAGGUGACAUGCAGGCGGUGCUGUUGUGGCCGAACAUUCAAAGUGACAGGUGAAAGAAGAUUUUCUCCGAGCACGGAGUGAUUUUUGUCAUCCAAAGUUUAGGCAAAAAAUUAACAUGGCGGAUGAUGAUGAUAACCAGAGACAAAUAUCGCAGAGACCAACAAGAAACAGUGAAGAAUCAGAUCAAGAGGAUGCAAGUAGUUUAAUAAAUUUUUCGGACAUAUUUCCGAGCAAUUCUGUGACCGAUGCUCCAUGCUCGAGCACUGAACACACUUCAAGUGCUCGAAGUGAAAGACAGAGUUCAGAAACGUCUAAUUAUUUGUUAGGAGUUCCAGGAGGAAAUUGUCACGAGGAUGAACACUCGGAGACUGAGGAGGAGGAUAACAAUGAAGUUUCUCACAUGCGAACAGCGUCAUUUAUCACUAUAUAUUCCGAAGGUCACAUGCCCCAAAAAUGUCAUAACGCUGGGCAAGGUGAACAAAGUGUGGACGGUACAGAAUUGUCGCCAAUAAACGUUACCAGAGACUCGCUAAUGGAGAACGGGGCAGCGCAUAAUGCUGCUGAUGAGGCUAGUGGUUCUGACAGUUCAGAACACCGGCAGUUUGACCGACAAGAAAGUAAUGAUGAAAAUAGUAUACUUGAUGACAGAGAAUUGGAUUCACAUGAAGUUGGACAUCGAGAUCAUGAAAACACUGAUGAUGCAGAAGAAGCAGAUAAUGAUGAGAGUGAAGAGGAAUCGAUGUCACGACCUUUAGUGAUGAGGCGACAAACCAGUUUCCAGAGAGAACUGGCAGACGCCAUUGUAAGGCUGGCUUCUAUGGAAGAACUAGAGUUCCUUCUGAAGUGCGGGGCGAAAGUGAGUGAGCCCGUCACACAAGGCCUGACUCCGCUCCACUACGCCGUGUGGCAGCGAUACCCCGACGCUGCCGAACUGCUCAUCAGAGAAGGUUGUGAUCUCAAUGCCCGGGACGACAUCGGCUACACUCCACUCCACCUAUGCGCCGAGCACGGCUACCUCGACAUGAUGAGCAUUCUGCUCAAGCACAACGCCCGCGUCAACAUCAACCAACACCGCGCCGACGAUCUCUACCCUAUUGAUGCUGUUGAUGAACCCUUAAGGCUGGCACUCAAACACGACCAGAUCGAGGCUGCUCGGCUCUUGCUGGAGAACAACGCUGAUCCCAACAGCCGCUACUUCUUCGGCUCAGAGAUCAACUUAGUAAGCCCUCUUAAGACGGAGCUGCUCGAGUUGCUGCUAAGCUGGGGGGCGAGACCAGAUACCAGAGACAGAUAUGGCUUCACUCCAAUCAUGAAGGCCUGCCAUGUGCAACAGGAGGCGGAAGAGGCUCUGGGAGAACAGGACGCGAUCUCCGGACAAGACGUACUCCGUCAUUUCGCUCAGACGCUCAAGGGCAUUGAGUCGGUAUUGGUGCUCAUUUCUCACGGCGCCGACAUCAACUUGAGAACUGACGCUCGCCACGAGUGCCGCUCUGUUCUGCACUACGCAAUUCUCUCAGGUUCAAGUCCCAUUGUUAACCUGCUACUAAAGCAGGGAGCCAAGGUUAACUUCGAGCCGGAGUACAACCGUGCCUCACCCCUGCACCUGGCGGUGCUCAAGGGAGAUCUUACCAUCAUCAACAUGCUUCUCGAUGCCGAUGCACACAUCAACAUCACAACCCCGACCGUGGGGAGUCCCCUGCAUGUGGCCUGCAGUGAGGCCAUCCCCAACAGGAUGGAGGUGCUGCAGCUGCUGCUCUCCAGAGGCGCUGACCCAAACAUUGUAGUGAGGAAUGAGUCAGGCAGGCCUCUGAAGCCUCCUCUUGGGGAGUACCUCGCCAACUCCACGGAGCACGAUGUCCAGGUCAUCAAGCUGCUGCUGCGAUACGGAGCGCAGGUUGUAAUGCAGCCUCCUCAGCAAUGCCCUCUGGGCUUGGUGAACUGCCUGUAUACUGUAGCCAAGAAUAAAGAAGUGAUGGCCGAGCUGCUGGAGGCAGCGGAGAGAUUCGACGUGCCUCUUAUACGCAAGACUCCCCUGCUGGUGCCGUCUGUGCACAGAGACUUCUUCCUGGAGGUGGCGUCUUCUCCUCCUCCAAUGCGUCAUCUCGCCAGGGUCUUUAUAAGAAAAGUGAUGGGACGCCAUAAGCCGGCUGCCAUUGAGGACCUCGCUCUUCCGCAUCUGCUUAAGAAAUAUCUUUUGUACGAAGUCAAUUAAUGUACAUUUUACAUUUGGUAAUAUCAACGAUUUGUCUAGUUAGUUAAGUGAUAUGCUCGUCAAAUAGUUGUUUACAUUUAUUGCCUUAGAGCUAAUCAUCUUCUUUCCUACUUGCCACAUGUUGGCUUACUGCUAAUUAUCUGAAUGUGCCUAUAGUAGGCAUGAGAUGCAAACAAAUAAAGCAAAUCUUAUUCUCAGAAUUAUAUUUUAUUGUUAUUCACCGAGAAUAUCCAGCUAAUAUAUUUUUCAUAGAAAGAAGAUUUCGUGGCAACUUCAACAUGUUUGUGUCAAAAUUUGUAUCGGUAUAUUAUUCUUAAUGUUUAUUGUUCCUUUUAAAUAGUUCGCUUAAUGAGAUUAUUUGAGUACACGGCUCGUUAUCGGACACGUUCCAUGGUUAGCUGGUCGACAGCAUGCCUACUGCGAUACACCGAACGCUGUUUGCUGGAUCGCAGCGCAGCUUUCUUCAUUGGUUCAUUCGACCUUAAUAGGAAAUAGAGACACCACGACAAGAAUUUCAUAUACAGUAUUAAAAGUACGCAGUUCUAACGUUAUAACGGAGUCAUGUCGAUGGUAUCCAUGCUUCUCACCCGGGCUGAGAAAGCAAUGCAAUCCUUGAAAAUUUGCUUUUAAUUCGGUCUCGCCUUUCUUUCAAUAAUUCAUUCUUGCCAGAUUCGAGUUAUGCUUACCUAUGUGAAUUUUUGAUGCACUGCUAAACGCAAUCAAUGAGUAUUAUGGUUUCUAGGAUGAGAGACGUCAGGUCAUUCGACUGCGUUCGAAUUGAGACUACUUUAAAUGUGAAUGGUCAAACUGAUCUCACAUAUAAGUUACGUUCGAUCACAAUUUGUUUCAGAACAGUUCUCUUGUGGUGCCAUGGGCUUAGUUGAUGGCUAAUAGAGUUUAAUUAAGCAUCAGAUGUCGCUCGUUGCCUAGUAAUUUUUACAUGUCCUCAUAAUUGCUACGUUGUGAAGGAAAAGAUGAACGCUAAUUGUCAGAUGUAAUAAUUUUUGAGAAAGUUUAAUUUUUGACUUCCUUUCCGCUAUUUUAUGCGAUUCUAGGAUAGUUUACGAACCAACGAAGUGGAAAUAUUGUUAUUCUGCCUCCAAGGAAUUUGUUACUUUUCCAACAUUAGUUUAGUGCUUUAUUGCGUGAUAUCAAGUUACAUUUAAUAUGUAAAAAUGCAUAUUUCGAGAAAAUAAAUAUUGGACCUCAA